AAACUUACUACUUCAACUAUAAAUUUGUUUUUUUUUUGCCCCACCAAGAUUCACAUGUUAAAAUCACCACUGACCGCAGGAUUGAUCUGAGCCUUGGUGUUGGAAAACCACAUUAGUCAGACUUUCAGCUGUCACAGUUGCACCUCCGGACCUCACCCCUCAACUUUCGUCUACUGUUGCUUUAGCCUUUCCACUCACGUGUCCAAUACCAACUACAUUUACAUUUACAUUUAAGUCAUUUAGCAGACGCUCUUAUCCAGAGCGACUUACAAACUACUGGGAUGUGUGUAGGAAAGGCAUGUAUAGGAUGUUUCCUAAGUCUGAAUUGGUCCCUAUGUGAACAGUAAAAUGGCAGAGUUUCAAACUUUUAAGAUUAUCUGUCCAUAGACUAAUCCUCACCCACAAGCAAUAGCUACAUAAGGGAAUGCCUUAAAGCCUGGUAUUUUGCUGCCUAAGAAAUCCCUCUGUUUUGACAGACAGACCAUUAUACUUGUUGCAAAACCAAAACAAUAGAAAUAUGCUUCUGCUGUGCUGGCACAAACAUAAUUACAGUGGGUUUCUCCUGAAUGCAUCGGACAUGCUGAAUAUGUGUGGGCUGAUUGUUCUGUUUUCUCAGCAUGUUCAUUCUCUGGAUUGUCAGCAGGAUUACCCUAAUGCAUGGAAAACAACAAUCUACAUUAGAAUUAUGUUUAUUUGGUCAGUAGUUCGACAGAGCCAUAAGGUCACUUGUGUGAUCAUAACAUUGAUGAAGUAUGACAACCAGCUGUGAGUAGCUGUCGAGCUUGAUAAUAGCUGGAUGUCAAAAUGAAUAAUGACAUCCUAAGUGAGUGAGCUAGAUCGAUAUGUGUGUUUAUGGAUGGGACUACAUGUGUUGCCCUAGAAGAAAUGUCUAUAUUUUUUAAAUGUACAAUGACAGAUUUUGUGGUUUCUUAGGAAGAAGUCAUGGAUUAGCUUGCUAGCAAGUUUGUCAAUUGCAAGUCAUGCAACGGCCUGGGUCAACUUCAGAAAUGAGUUAAAUAGCUAUCAACUUUUGUACCCAUUUGAAUUCACCGAGGUAAAGACAGAUUCAAGUUGGAUAUUCAACAGAUAUUCGCCUGUAGUUUUCCCUACAUCCACCAACAGCAGUUAGGGACCGUCAACAUAGUGACAAAUAAAACAUUUCAAAUUUCAAUAGCUCUUUAACCAUUACUCCUAAAACUUUCAAAACUGCUUCUAGCUAACCCGAUGGAAAAGACACACAUUGCACACACUUAUUUUUAGUCUAUUUACAUCUCGCACUAUUUAAAUGAUUUUUAAAAGUUUUUGAAUUUCAAUAACUCCUUGGUCAUGUGACUUACUGUUGUUCACACAGUGGGCCUACACAUUGCACACCCUUUAGUCUGUCCAUUUUCAUCUCAGACAAUUUGACAUGAAUUUUCAAUGUUUUUCAAUGUUUCUAAUUUCAAUAGCUCCUUGGUGAUGUGACCUACUGACCUCAGACAAGGUUCAGAAUGUCUACUGACUACCCUUAUAUAUUGUACACCCUUUAGUUUGUCCAUUUUCAUCUCACACAAUUUUUUAUGAAGUUUGUAAAAAUUCUAAUUUCAAUGGCUAUUUGGUCAUGUGACUUACUGACCUCAAACUACUUUCAGAAUGUCCAUGGACUGGCGGAGACGAGCGCCGCAAGGCAUCCAGUGCGUUAACGCGACCGAUCCCGGAGAAGCUGGCGAGAGCCCCGGGGAGCCCCGGGAGAGUUCUCUUUUAUUUGUGACGGGUAGGGUGCCCUGGAAUGGGUUCACCCUGAGAGGGGCCCAAGCACAGGAAAGCGUUGCAGUUUUGGCCGCGUCCGGUGGCCUCUCCCUGGCCCUUGAAAAUCUGGGGAGAGGGUGUAAAUCUCAUGCUGUGCCGUACCCAUAUCUACAGUAGGUCUCCAAGGUGAACAGCAUGUUAUAACAAUGUAGGUAAGGGAAAUUGUCAAAAAAUAUCCGUCAUUUCGGGAUAAGGAUUGGCUCUAAGGGCUGGGUCAGUCGGGCUGGGGUGCGAAGCGGGGCUGGGCUCGAGCCUUGUCUGGGGAAGGAGUCGCUCCAUCGCCAUCCUCUCGCCACCAUGGGAAGUUUGUUGUGCGGCCCAUCUCGCGUGACUUUUAUUUGAGUCAAGUAUCUUUACUUUUACUCAAGUAAGACAAUUGGGUACUUUUUUCACCACUGACAAUUGGCUACAACAUAGCUAAUGAAUAUAACACAGAUUUGGUGACACUCCUGGCUCAAAAGUGAAUGUAGGAACCAGGGGGAGGGGGAGUACUGUACAUUUGUCUAACAUAAUCCUGCUAAUGGAAGUGUCAAGGUGGAAGUGUGCGCUUCAUCCUCCAGAGGGCUCACUUCUGAUUGGUGAAUGGCUAGUUAGGGUGUGGUCAAAGGGCAUAUAACUGCAUGUUAUUGCUUUGGGGCUCUUCUGUUGGUUGUUGCUUCUAGUUGUAUCUUCUAUCCAGUUAAAUCAGGACACAGAAGCAGUGUCAAUUAGGCUAUCUAGCGUGCUGUUGGCUAAACUAAACUUUCCUCUACACAACUGCCUCAGUCUCCACUCUUCUAUUAGUUGAGUUGACUAAGAUACCCAUUAGUCCAUCAGGUUUAGCCUAAUCUCUUGGCUUCAUACCCAUCAGAGGGACACUCAUCUCCUGCUCCUUCGCCAGAGUGAAGAUGUCUCUCCAGGCUCCGCUCCUACCUGCAGUGGUCCUGUCCCUGGUUCUGGUUGUGUUGGCUCUGACAGGGCUGUCCCAUGCCCAGCUCCAGCCCAAGGCUUCUGUCCUGGAUUUCUCAGCCAGCCUGGGUAACCUCCUCCCCAGCCUCAGCCGUCCGGCCAAUUCCAGCCGGAUCUUCUACGGGGUAAUGUUUGACGCUGGCAGCACUGGGACACGCAUCCAUGUCUACACCUUCAUACAGAAAGACCCUGAGGAGUUACCAGUGUUGGAUAAUGAGAUGUUCCAUUCCAUCAAGCCUGGUCUGUCGGCAUACGCAGACAUGCCUGAAAUGGGUGGGUACACAGUGAGGCAGCUUCUUAAGGUGGCAAAGAAGACUGUCCCACAGCUGGAUUGGAAGAGAACCCCACUGGUCCUGAAAGCUACAGCAGGAUUCAGGCUGCUGCCCCCAGAGAAAGCCCAGGCUCUGCUGGAACAGGUGCAGGACGUGUUUGAUGAAUCUCCCUUCUUCAUCCCAGACGACAGCGUCAGCAUAAUGGAUGGUACAAAUGAAGGAAUUUUGGCGUGGGUUACUGUGAACUUUUUGACAGGUCACCUGUAUGCUGAGACCAGGAACACAGUGGGGAUUCUAGAUCUGGGGGGUGGAUCAACUCAAAUCACUUUUCUACCCAAAUCCAAGAAAACCAUUGUAAGUUCUCCUGCUGACUACAUUGCCAGAUUUGACAUGUUCAACUCUACAUAUGAACUGUACACUCACAGCUAUCUGGGUAAUGGACUGAUGGCAGCCAGACUGGCAGCCCUAGGAGCACUGGGGGCAGAAGGGUUGGAGUGGAGAGUGUUCAAAAGCGCCUGUCUGCCCAAGAAGUUCAGAGAGGAGUGGAGCUUUGGAGGACUCACCUACACAGUCAGCGGGAUACCUAAUGGUUAUGCAGGAUACAAGCUGUGUUACCAGGAGGUGUUGAAUGUAGUAAAGGGAAUAGUUCACCAGCCCUAUGAGUUGAAAGACACCAGUGUGUUCUAUGCUUUCUCCUACUACUUUGACAGAGCCGUGGACGCAGGCCUUAUUGAUGGGACCCAAGGAGGAAUGCUGGAGGUCAGAGACUUUAAGAAGGGAGCUAAAGAGGUGUGUAACAAGAUGUCUAAGUACCGUCCUGUCAGCCCCUUCUUGUGUAUGGACAUGACCUACAUCACCUGUCUGCUCAAAGAUGGCUUCGGCUUCAAAGAGAACACUGUACUGCAGCUGACUAAGAAGGUGAACAAUAUUGAGACAAGCUGGGCGUUAGGUGCCACGUUCAAACACUUCCAGAACCUAAAGAUCCACUGAGAGACAUAAGCCACAGGGUUGGGUGGGCAGGUGGGAUCAGUGGUUUACAUGGUGCUCAACAAGAAAUGGACUGAGGAAUACUUGUUUUAAACUGAUAAGCCUUUGUGUCUUGUGAAAUGUAAUGUUUUAAAGAUAUGCCAUAUUUGCAUUUUACAUUUGAGAUGACAUUACAAUUGUUACAACUAUUGUUACCCAACACACAUAACUGGUACUAUAGUUCAGUAGGUCUGUUGUUUUCAUGUGACUGGCUGCUAUACUGUAGCCUUGUAUUAUAUACACAUCUCUUAAAGCACUGGGGGCUGAAACUCAACAGUUUUGUUACUGUACAAAUCUGGAUAUUUUGAUUUCAAUAAAAAAAUAGAAGCUGG